AUGGCAUGUUUCUGGGGACUCAUCUUUGGCCUCUUCUCCGGCAGAGGUCUGCCCAAAUCCUCCCCUCGCAGCCCUUCGCCGAUUUCCGGAGUUCUUGGUAGCAGCGGCAAAUAUGCCGGCAACAUCAUCGGCGGACUGAUGCAGGGACUGGGCAUGGCCCUCGCCGGAGCCUGUGCCAGCACCGUCCUCGUGCAGGCCGGCUUGGGCACUUACCCGGGCCUCUACACCAUCUCUGGCGCUGCGGCUGGCGGCUUCCUCUUAAAUGCUGCUAUGAAAACUGAGGAAAUGGGUUUCGACCAGAAAGGAAAGGCUGCGGAUCCCCAAAAGCUGACAGUCUAUGAACAAAUCGGCAUCAGCCGCUCGACAUGCAUACUGGCCACGGAAGCUGCGCAGGUAGUCACGAUCAGAGGCUUGGCCCUGCACAAGAAUGGGAGCUACACUGCUCAUAGAAGAUUGCAGAUGAGAUUGCAGACAUGGCUUGACGAUUGUUCGACCUGCUCUGGUCUCUGGUCAUGUUCAAACUUCAUCUUAGUCUACGUCGAGUCCAAGAAAUAUUAA